AUGUCAGAUAGUACGGAUCCAAAAACACAGUCAACUGAGGAUCCAAGCAGUUUAACUGUUCACGAGCAAGGACAAGAGCAGGGUAAGAUGUUAUUUGGAACCAAGUUGGAACACGAAACGUAUCCUCCGUGGAAAGACUACUACAUCAAAUACAACCACUUGAAGAAACUCUUGAAAGAAGGUGUGAUUUUGAAAAAUAAUUGGACUGACAAGGAUGAACAAAACUUUGUUAGCGCUUUGGACGAAAACCUUGAAAAGGUCUUUUCUUUCCAACACAACAAGUUUGACGAAUUGAGCGACGAGUUGAACAAAUUGCAAUCAUUAACUGAGGUUGCAGAUACAUUUGAUGUUGACUCCUUUGCCAAGAAACUCGACAAUUUGUUGAAUGAAGCGCAGAAUCUAGAACACUUUCAAAGACUAAACUAUACUGGUUUCAUCAAAAUCGUGAAAAAACACGAUAGAAUCCAUCCAGAGUACUCGGUCAAGCCAUUGCUCAAUGUGAGAUUGAAAAACUUGCCAUUCCACUCAGAGGACUACUCGCCAUUGUUGUACAAGAUUGGUACCUUGUUUCAAUUUUUAAGAGACAAUUACGAAGUUGACCGCUCAUUGUCCAAAUUAUCCUCAUUCAAUGAUGGCGCUUUAAAUGGCGAGUUUCAAUCAUUUAAAUUUUGGAUUCACCCUGACAAUUUAAUGGAAGUGAAAACCACAAUCUUGAGACAUUUACCUGUGUUAAUUUACGAUUCAAAAAACAAAAAUGGAAAUAUCAACAACAAUAACAACAACAACAACAACAACAACGGUGAUGACGAUGACGACGAUGACGACGAUGAUGAUGAAUACGACGCAGAUGGAAAUAAAAGUCACAAGGUUACACAAACUGACCAAACCAUCAAUUGCUUGUAUUUUGAUAACGAACAUUUUGACCUUUAUAAUCAGAAAUUGACAAAGUUGAACAACUCGGCAACCUUGAGAAUCAGGUGGAUUGGAAAAUUGUCUGAUAAGCCCAAGAUCACUAUGGAAAAGAAGCAAUUUGAUGUCAAUUCCAAUUUCCACAUUGAUGACAAGAUUGAGCUUAGACAGAAAUAUAUCAAUCAAUUUGUGAUUAGAAAGGAUAUUCCAAAUAAAUUUACAAAAAUCAAUGAUGAGCAAACAGUCAAGAGCUUAUUAAAGUUUAUAGAAGAAAACAACUUGCAACCAAUAUUGAGGACCACUUACAAGAGAACUGCUUUCCAGAUCCCUGGAGAUGAUAAGAUUAGAAUUAUUAUUGACUCAAACUUGACCUUUAUAAGAGAAGAUGCAUUUGACUCUCAGCUCCCCAUUAGAGACCCAAGCCAGUGGCAUCGUUUGGACUUGGACAAUGCUAAAAACACUCAACAAUUUUUGAGAAAAGGUGAGUUCAACAAAUUUCCAUUCUCAACCAUGGAAAUCAAGAUUAAGAAAUCAUCAGUAAAGAACUUUAAGAAAUUACAGUGGAUUAAUGAGUUGAUCAAUAGUUCUCAUUUGGUUAAGGAAAUUCCAAACUUUUCCAAAUUCAUCCAUGGUGUCGCUAGUUUAUUUUUGGAGGAUGACAAGUUGGAUAAUAUCCCCUUGUGGUUCAAUGAGUUGGAGGGUGACAUUAAUGAUGAUUUGCCCAAGAUUGUUGCUCCACAUGGCAAGUCCUCUAAAAACGACCAAAUUGCUAAAUUGACUGAUGACGAUAAUCUUUCCAAAUUCAAGUCGAUGUUGAUGAAAAAUAGCUCAUCCAAUUUUCAACCAAGAUCGGCCUCAUUUUCAGGUAGUCUUUUAUACAAUAAAGGUGACGGUGAUGAUAAUACCAACAAUAAAGAACCAGAAAGUAGCAAAAAAAUAGUUACCAUCGAUGAAGAGCUAGAUGAGCCCGGUAGUUUCCCAUCCAAAUUGCAAAAGCCACAGCAUCACCAGCAAAUCAAUAUGACUACUGAUGACCAGUCUUCUGACUUUGAUGAUAUUGAUGAUGAUGAUGAUGAUGACGACGAUGAUGAUGAUGAUGACGGCAAUGAAAAUAGUGGUUCCAGUAGGUCGAAAUCAUCAAGGUCAUUGGGCAAAUUAAUAAAUAUACAAAACCAAUUCUCGAAAUUGGUGGAUGUGUACUCUGAAGAUGAAGAGAUUGAACUACCUCCAGGAGUUGUUAAACCAGAACAGUGGAUUAAAAAUAUGGGGCCAUUAAGAAUUGAGCCCAAGGUUUGGUUGGCAAACGAACGUACUUUUAACAGAUGGUUGCAUGUCACAGUAUUGUUGUCUUCUUUGACAUUUGUUAUAUACAAUUCGACAAAGAAUUCAAACUUUACACAAUUGAGUUUAUAUUUGUCAUGGUUUUAUUUCCUAUUGACGGUAUUUAGUUGUCUUUGGGGAUAUUUCAUGUAUAUGACCAGAAGAGGUAUAAUUAUGGAGAGAAGCAGCAAACAUUUGGACAAUUCGAUUGGUCCACUAGUUGUUGCCUUUGGAUUGAUGGUUGCGUUGAUCUUGAACUUUAUAUUUGGAUGGAAAAAUAUGCAGUUGAACACUAACUCUGAGUGGUAUGCAAACAAUCCAAUGCACAAAAAAGUGCAUGAGUUUGUCAUUAAUAUGGUAAAUUAA